AUGCCACACAUCGAAGAGCUGCCAACGACGGCAAAGGCAGCAGCUCCGGGCUGGAGCUAUGUCGUCGACACUGGAUACGAUCCCUCCAAAGCGGCCAUCAACCCUGCAAGUCGCAAGCGCGUGCGCGCCUCGGCCGCCGGCCUCAGUCAAGGCGAUCUCACCAUCCGCCAACAGACGGCCAUCCAACGACAUCUAGAUGACCUCGACAAGGACAGCCACAAGCCCGUCAACAUCGCCCCGCCCAAGUCGAACCGCCGUCAGACUCAGAACACGCGCCGCAUCCUCGCUUCGGGAAAGGACUUUUCACAUUACCUGGACCAGGACGAAGCUGCUCUGGCGCUGAAACAGCACCAUGGCCCGGAACCCGACAUAGAACCCCCGAAAGCACCACAAAGGGCCAGUAAGACGCCCAUUGCGAGACGCAAACCACAACCAACUCCCACGGCUGUCGAAGCCAGUCCCGCUCCGACUCAACAACUGCCCAAUGCUGCUUCUACCACUCCGUCGGCGCCUCUGAUCCCUUCUUUCCUCAAGCCUUAUCUCGUCGACUCUGCCGCCGACUCGAACAAAGUACAACACGAUUCUCUGCUUUCGCCGCCAGCUCCACUCACAGCUACUACGGCUGAACUCGAGGCUUUGCUCUCAGCACCACAACUCUCGUACAAUGCUGCACGCUCUGCACCCAGUCCCGCUACUGCUCCACCACAGAGACUUUUCUGUGAGAUGUGCGGAUACUGGGGCCGCGUCAGAUGCUUGAAGUGUGGUUCCCGUGUCUGCGGCCUCGAGUGCAAGAGCGCUCAUGAAGAGAGCAGAUGCAUCCGCUUCUGA